ACUAUAUCAAUUUUUUAUAUCAAAUAUGCACGUGCUUUGGAAUUCCAAACUGCAAUUGUGGGGAUAAAAUCCACAGGUUUUCAUAUUUCGUAAUUAUAUAUAUAAAAUUGUUUAAUCUGAUAUAGAUUUAAUUGCUUUUUUUCCUUUCCAGGAUGCUGGGUGGUGUGGGAGGCCGGCACGUGUCUACGCGUCGGCGUGGCAGUAAUCCGCUGGUGCGUGGAAGUGUGGGUCUCAUUGGCUAUGGGGCCACAUCAGGGACCAGCGGAGGUCCCGGAAAUACUGAUGGCGGGGCAACGCAUUUGGAAACGAUGCCCCGAUAUGCUGCCAGGAGACGGAGGGCUGUCACUACCAGUGACCACAAGAGUUGCGCCCUUAUACAGACUCGACUCAAGCUUGGCGAUAUUAUGUUGGCAGCAGCGCAAGAGGCAGCACAAAGGGACCCUGGAUACGCGAGUCAGUAUUACGGGAGAAGGUCGAGGUUGGCCGGAUUGAGGAGUGGUCUCGGUGACUGGACUAGCUUCGGAGGGGAGGUACCUGGUCUGGUGGACAUGGCGCCAGGCCGGGAUCAGGGCGGAGGGGCGGGUGGCGGUGGGGGAGGCGGCAAGGGCACCACAUCGUUGUUCAUUCUUUCGGAGGAUAAUUGCAUACGGAAGCACACGCGCUUCAUCAUCGAGUGGCCGCCCUUCGAGUACGCCGUCCUACUCACCAUCAUCGCCAAUUGCGUGGUCCUCGCCCUCGAGGAGCACCUGCCAAAGCACGACAAGACCAUACUCGCACAAAAACUCGAGGCCACGGAGAUCUACUUCCUCGGGAUCUUCUGCGUCGAGGCGAGCCUCAAGAUCCUCGCCCUCGGCUUCGUCCUCCACCGCGGCUCCUACCUGCGCAACAUCUGGAACAUUAUGGACUUCUUCGUCGUGGUGACCGGGAUCAUCACGGCGUUCUCGCAAGGCAUACACCUGGAUAUGGAUCUGCGCACGUUGCGUGCGAUACGCGUGUUGCGACCGCUCAAACUUGUCUCCGGCAUACCGAGUCUUCAGGUGGUGCUCAAGUCUAUCAUCAAGGCGAUGGCGCCGCUUCUGCAGAUCGGUUUGCUGGUACUCUUCGCCAUCGUGAUAUUCGCCAUCAUCGGCCUCGAGUUUUAUUCUGGAACCUUGCAUAAAACGUGCUAUAGUAUAAAGGACCCCAAUAUAAUCGUAAAAGAGGGCGAUCAGCCGAGCCCGUGUAACACGGACGUCCAAAGUCAAGCUCCGCCCGGGGCUCAUGUGUGCGAUGCGAACGUCUCGGUAUGCAUAGAAAAGUGGGAGGGACCAAACGCGGGCAUCACCAGCUUCGAUAACAUCGGAUUCGCCAUGCUCACUGUCUUCCAGUGUAUCACUAUGGAGGGCUGGACUGCCAUAUUGUACUGGACAAACGACGCUCUUGGCAGCGCGUACAAUUGGAUUUACUUUAUACCGUUGAUCGUCCUCGGAUCAUUCUUCAUGCUGAACUUAGUUCUUGGUGUCUUGAGCGGAGAGUUUGCAAAGGAGAGAGAGAAGGUGGAGAACCGACAGUCCUUCCUGAAGUUGCGAAGACAGCAGCAGCUUGAGCGCGAACUGAAUUGUUACCUCAAUUGGAUCUGCAAAGCAGAGGAGGUGAUACUCGCCGAAGAGAGGACCACCGAAGAGGAGAAAAUGCACAUAUUAGAAGUAAGAAGAAGAGCAGCUGCGAAAAAGAAAAAGCUAAAAAAUCUCGGCAAGAGCAAGAGCACCGACACGGAGGAGGAGGAGGGCGAGGACGACCAGGACGAUGGGUUCUCGAGAGCCUCCUAUUUCAAGUCAAAAGUAAAGAAGCAGGGCACGUGCCUGCAAUUCUGGAGAGCUGAAAAAAGAUUCAGGUUUUGGAUACGUAAUUCUGUCAAGUCGCAGCAGUUCUACUGGUUCGUCAUCGUUCUUGUGUUCUUCAACACCGUCUGUGUGGCAGUCGAACAUUAUAAGCAGCCACAAUGGCUCACCGAUUUCCUCUACUACGCAGAGUAUGUGUUCCUGGGCCUCUUCAUGAUGGAGAUGUUCAUAAAAGUUUACGCGCUCGGUCCUCGCACAUACUUCGAAUCGAGCUUCAAUCGCUUCGACUGCCUCGUUAUCUCGGGCUCGAUCUUCGAGGUGAUAUGGUCCGAGUUGAAGACCGGCUCUUUCGGCCUCUCCGUCCUACGUGCUCUUAGACUCCUGAGAAUUUUUAAGGUCACCAAAUACUGGAAGAGUCUGAGGAAUCUCGUGAUAUCGCUGCUAAGCUCGAUGCGCAGCAUCAUUUCUCUCCUCUUCCUGCUCUUCCUUUUCAUCCUCAUAUUCGCGCUGCUUGGUAUGCAGUUAUUCGGCGGUCAGUUCAACUUCAAGGACGGCACGCCGCCCACUAAUUUCAACACCUUUCCCAUCGCACUAUUAUUAAUGAUGCAGAUCCUGACUGGAGAAGACUGGAACGAAGUGAUGUACAAAGGUAUUGAGUCGCAGGGCAUGGCUCACUCGCUUUAUUUCAUCGUGCUGGUGCUCUUCGGCAAUUAUACCCUGCUGAACGUCUUCUUGGCUAUCGCCGUCGACAAUCUCGCAAACGCGCAGGAGUUGAGUGCCGCCGAAGAGGAGCAGAAGGAAGAGGAUAAGGAAAAGCAGUUACAGGAGCUCGAGAAGGAGAUCGAGUCACUGCAGAGGCCCGGGGAUGGUAGCGCACCGAGAGUGGAAAUCUGCCCUCCAAGUCCAACUCAGAAUUUCAGAGACGGAAGAAAUGAAAACCAAACGUCUGAAGAGAGGAGGCAGGAUGAAGACGACGACACGGGACCAAAACCAAUGCUGCCAUACUCCUCCAUGUUUAUACUGUCCCCUACGAAUCCCAUAAGAAGAGCCGCCCACUGGAUCGUGAAUCUUCGGUACUUCGACUUCUUCAUAAUGGUGGUGAUAUCGCUGUCAAGUAUCGCGCUGGCCGCCGAGGAUCCCGUUACAGAAAGCGCACCGAGGAAUAAAAUCCUCACUUACUUCGAUUAUGCAUUUACGGGCGUUUUCACCAUCGAGAUGGUGCUGAAAAUUAUCGACCUCGGCAUCAUACUGCACCCGGGCUCGUAUCUGCGCGAGUUCUGGAACAUUAUGGACGCGGUCGUAGUGAUAUGCGCCAUGGUGUCGUUCGCCUUCGACAUGAUGGGCAGCACGGCCGGCCAGAACCUCUCGACCAUUAAGUCGUUGCGAGUGCUGCGAGUGCUCAGGCCGCUUAAGACAAUAAAGCGCGUGCCGAAGCUCAAGGCGGUGUUCGACUGCGUGGUGAACAGUCUCAAGAACGUCAUUAAUAUUCUCAUAGUGUACAUAUUGUUUCAAUUCAUAUUCGCUGUGAUCGCGGUGCAGCUGUUCAACGGCAAAUUCUUCUACUGCACCGACGAGAGCAAGUAUACAGAAACGGAGUGCAACGGUUUCUUCUUCGUUUUCGAGGAGGGUAGCAUGAUACCGGAACCCAAGCCACGGAACUGGCUACCCCAGUCGUUUCAUUACGACAACGUGAUGGUGGCCAUGCUUACGCUGUUCGCUGUUCAAACCGGCGAAGGCUGGCCACAAAUCCUGCAGAAUUCGAUGGCGGCCACAUACGAGGACAAGGGCCCCAUCCAGAAUUUUCGUAUCGAAAUGUCCAUUUUCUACAUCGUCUACUUCAUCGUCUUUCCAUUCUUCUUCGUCAACAUCUUCGUGGCCUUGAUUAUCAUCACGUUUCAGGAGCAGGGAGAAGCUGAAUUGCAGGACGGUGAAAUUGAUAAGAAUCAGAAAUCAUGUAUAGACUUUACAAUACAAGCUCGUCCGCUCGAGAGGUAUAUGCCGAAGGAGCGGAAUAGUGUAAAGUACAAAAUUUGGAGGAUAGUUGUAUCCACGCCAUUCGAAUAUUUUAUCAUGAUACUCAUCGUAUUGAAUACGUUACUGCUUAUGAUGAAGUUCCAUCAGCAAAACGAACAAGAACCCGCGUACAAAGCAUACAAGAACACGCUGAAGUACAUGAACAUGUGCUUCACGGGGAUGUUCACUGUCGAGUGCAUACUGAAGAUCGCAGCAUUCGGCGUGAAGAACUUCUUCAAAGACUACUGGAACAUCUUUGACUUCAUCACAGUGAUCGGCAGCAUCGUGGAUGCGCUCGUGAUCGAGUUCGGGGGGGAGCGGCCGAGCAUGCCCACUGGUGGCCAGCUAAGCGAAAAGAAGGAGAACUUCAUCAACGUCGGCUUUCUGAGGCUCUUUCGCGCCGCUAGGCUGAUCAAACUACUUAGGCAGGGAUACACGAUACGAAUUUUACUCUGGACCUUCGUACAAUCCUUCAAAGCUCUGCCUUACGUUUGUCUUCUCAUAGCGAUGCUGUUCUUCAUCUACGCUAUCAUCGGUAUGCAGGUAUUCGGUAACAUCAGGCUGGAUCCUGACACUUCUAUUACCAAGCACAACAAUUUCCAAAGCUUCAUACAAGGUCUGAUGCUGCUUUUUCGGUGUGCCACGGGCGAGGCUUGGCCGAACAUCAUGCUGUCCUGCGUAAAGGGUCGUCUCUGCGACGCGAAGGCCGAGAAAGAGGAGCCGGACGGCUGCGGCUCCAAUAUCGCCUACGCUUACUUCGUGUCGUUCAUCUUCUUCUGUUCGUUCCUUAUGCUGAAUCUUUUCGUUGCCGUUAUUAUGGACAAUUUUGAUUACCUCACGCGGGACUCGUCAAUCCUGGGCGCGCAUCAUCUCGACGAGUUCGUGCGGAUCUGGGCCGAGUACGAUCCGAAUGCUACCGGCAAGAUCCACUACACGGAGAUGUACGACAUGUUGAAGAACAUGGACCCGCCGUUGGGGUUUGGCAACAAAUGUCCGAAUCGGCUCGCGUACAAGAAGCUCAUCAGAAUGAAUAUGCCGGUGGACGGUGACGGCAAGGUGAACUUUACCACAACGCUGUUCGCCCUGAUUCGCGAGAAUCUCAGCAUAAAAAUGCGAUGCGCUGACGAAAUGAAUCAAGCCAAUGAAGAACUGCGGGACACAAUCAGGAGUAUUUGGCCUUUACAAGCGAAAAAGAUGUUGGAUCUUUUGAUACCUAAGAACGAAGAAUUAGGCAGAAAUAAGCUCACCGUGGGUAAGAUAUACGUCUGCUUUCUGAUACUUGAAAGUUGGAGGUCGACGAAGUUUGGUCAGCUAAAGUCUGCUGAACAGAACGAUAACGAUCUUAUCGAUAACGAUAAUGCUGGGCAAAGUCCUGCAGCCCAGGCGCCAUCGGCCUUCUACAACUGCCUGCUGGACAUGGCGGCGGUAAAUCACACCGGAAAUAAUCACGGAGCCGGAAGUAGGGCGAACAGUCUCGAACCGGUGAUACGACCGGCCACGGACACGAAGCACGAACGACACAAAGAACACAGGGAUGAGGAGGAUGGGGCCUUAAGCGUUCUCGCAGCCGCCGAGCACAGACGUCAGCGUAGCAUCAGAAACAAAAAGGUGAACUGGAAGAUGUCUCGCCAAUACGAUAUACUAGGCAGCAGCGGAGAGAGUAGCCAGGGAGGGGGUGGGUCUGGGGUUGUACUCGUAGUUAAUGACGAGGAUCGCGCCCCCGAGCUAGAGCCAUUGCUGGCCGAGGUGCCCUCCCAGCAGGAUGAUCAAAACAACUACUACCACGACCAUCACCAUCACGACCAAUACUACUACGAUACCGACAAUGAUCAAUACUAUGACCAUCACCAAUACUACCACCACUACCAUCACCAUCAUCAUGACCACCGACCACCCUCGUACUACCAACACCAGAACACCUACGCACCUCGCUCCUCGAUCCGUUACCACAAGGAGCUGCAAGACGUCAUACCGUCUGACUCACGUGCCGGUAGCCUCGAGAGUCUUACGCAUCCUGGUGACAGAGUCCUUCGUCCGCAUCCUUCGGCGCCUCCCCAUAGACGAUCACGAUCGCCAAGUAUAAGAAGACACUCGCCAAUAAUGCCUAGAUCGCCAUCGCCAAGGCGACAUGGCCGAUAUGAUCAUUACCACGAUGGACCAGGGUUUAGCGAUACCGUUAGCAAUGUCGUCGAGAUACAAAGGCACACUCAACAUCCCCAUGCGUCACAGUAUAAUCAUCGGCAUAGGAUACGAGACUAUUACGACCACUGCGACUAUUACGACGAUGGUCCAUGGAGUGCCUCGACGAGUCCAGCUAGGUCGCCAAGCCCGGUUCAUAGGAUCGAGCGCGGUGGUCAUUACGGCACGACUAGUCUGGAGCAGCGUUCGAGGAGUCCAAGCCCCAUAGGCGGCGGUCGUCCGCAUCACCAUCAUCACCGUCAUCAUCCGCAUCAACACAGCUAUCCGGUGCUGGUCGCGAGGAGAGGCCAGGGUCGCCGGUUGCCGCCGACGCCGAACAAGCCGUCGACCCUGCAAUUAAAACCGGCCAACAUCAACUUCCCCAAGCUGAAUGCCUCACCCACCCAUGGACCGCACGGCAUGGCGCCAGCUCAUGUGCCUGUGGGACCCGUACCUGGCCAUGUGCUGCAGCACCCGCAUCCGCCGCCGCACAUGCCACCUAGCAUGCAGCCGAGCCAUCAUCCCUUGAGUUUCGAACAGGCUGUCGCAAUGGGCCGCGGCGGUCGGCUACUGCCCAGCCCGGUGCCCAAUGGUUACAAACCGCAACCACAAUCUAAACAAAGAGCACCUAGGACGAGGCACUCGGACAGUGACGAGGACGAUUGGUGCUAGCCAAAGUGGGACCCUGGACGGUGGUCCGGUGACGUGGACGCCCCCAGGCGUCUCAGGGUUUGCGCGUGAUAGUUGUCCACGUGGGACGCACACUGAUUUCGGUGUGAAAGUAAGGGAGGAAAGUGCCGUGGAAGUUGACGAAGCUUUAAAAGGCUUCUUCCAAGUCUCGACUGACCAAAGAAUGUUUCCAGUUUGAAGGAUUUAUUCCGGUCAUAACAUUGCGGCAUGUAUUCCGGCAUAUUGGUAACCGAAAGAAGUCUAAGAGGAUUGAACAGGGAAAACGAUUCCAGGCGAAUAGUGUUCGGACCGAUCUCCGAUGGCUGAAUAUGACGACCGAACAGGGUCAGCAAAUACACCAGAGAAAUCGAUUUCUCGCGAACACAGAGAAAGUCGGCGAGUUAUCAUUUACGUAUCGACGUCGUACGAAUCCGCGAACGAGAAGAAAUAGCGACGCUAGCGAUUCUACGGAUCGAUCGAGCAAUCAAACGGUUGAGCUCGGCGUGAGAUCUCGAAGAUUCGAUCUUGGAGAUUGGAUCAAAAGAAUCAGAAACGAUCGUCUGGUGGGAUCAUUCGAAAGAUGAAAUCCAUCCGAUCACACUCGAGGACGCUCUACAUUGGUGUGAACGACGUAGCGAAGAUGGAUCACUCGAGAUCGCGAGCGAUGGUUUACGUCGAGAGACAAGGUGGUGGGUUGCAGUGAAAACUCGUCGUGCGCGACAGUGAUAGAAUAAUUAACGCGGACGUUCCGGGAGAGCUCGAACCUCCGAUAUUAUACGCGAGUUAAUAUUUCAAUCUUACCUCGAUCGAGCGGAGAUCAUUUCGGGAGAGACUUACUUUUUAUACAAUUUUUCGGAGGAGAGACUCAUCGAACGCCCGAAUUGCGCUGUGAUCACCACGAAACGUUCUCUUAUGUGCGUGUAUGUUUAUGCGUGUAUAUCCGUACGAUUCUGUGCGUGUAUGCUUACGAAAACCCCCUUCCCCCAUGAUUUGUCGGAAAUCGCGACUGAUGUAACCGAAUUGUUCCACUUCCACUCGUGAAAGCGCCGAUUAAUAAGUAAUGUUAAUUCAACGACGAUGUUAAUUGAGGCAAGGAAAUGGAAAGGAAAAUAACAGUUGGGGUUUCAAUAAAGUCUAUGAUUUUCGGUUUUGAGAAGGAAUUUGGAAUAGAUAGUACAAUUUGAAAUGUAUGAUGAAGUUUCAUUUCGAACGUUUCGUUUUUGUUUGCUGUGAUCGAACGAUCUUUUGUUUGUCGGGAAACUUAGCCGCGCAAAUAAAAUCGACUGAUGGAAGUGGAUGUUUCCCGACAAAUCAAGUAAGAAAUCAUUAAUGAAAGGGUUAAUAGGAUUAGAAGUUAGAUCGAGGCUCGAAACAGAAUUAUAAUUGUUCUGUCGAGAUUCAGGUCAGCUUUAUUUUAUCAUUAGCGAGAUCGUGCGUAAACGAUUCUCUAAUGAAACGCGAAUAAUCGGAGAGACGCGCAAGAAUCGCCACUAUGAGAUAUCGAUAUUGUUCGCAGUUGCGGUUCUUGUCAAAUCGAAAAUGCGAGACGAUUGUAGCGGCCGUAAGAGCAACAACAAGUGGAAAGGGGAAGAAACUGAACGCGAACGUCGUCGUUGAUUCGCGCGGAUAUUGCCUCGCGAUUCGUGCCAAUCAAGAGAAAUUAGGAAAAAAUUCAGGAAAUGAGGACCACGAUCGAGAAAUACGCAUUUGGAAUACGGAAUGAGAAUAGUAAAUGAUGAUCAUCGCGAGAUAUUAGGGGGAAGAUGUGUAAAAGAGAAAGAGAGAAAGAGAAUGGGCAACAUAAAGAAAAACAGUUCUUACCAUACGGUUUUCAAAAGCACUCCUGUAAAUUACUGCGUAUAAUUGAAUUACAAUACUUAUUAC